GAGGGGGCGGGUCGCGCGCGCACGCGGGUUGCUCGCUCCCGACGGCCCGUCGCUCCGUCGCUCCGCCGCUCCGCCGCAGCGAUGGUUCCCGGCGGAGAUCGCGCCGUCUCGCCCGUGCUGCGCGCCGCCGUGAAGCUCGCGCCCGCGCUGCUGGGGGUCGUCGUCGUCGUCCUGGCCGCUUGGGCGCUCUUCGUCGCGUGCCGGCGCUGGAGGGGCCGCAGCGCGGAGGAGGAGGACAAAGGACGAGAGACACCAGAAGACGGUCGCGGUGAAGUCCAGAAGCGCAGAGAGAUGACGCCGCUGCUUGGCGCCAACCAGGAACUGGGUCGCAGCGCGGAGCCGGGGGACAAGCGGCGGCGCUCUGCCGAGGUGAGGAGCAGGAACCGGCCUCCUGAGGAAGAUCUGAGCAGCGCCGAGGACCGUGGCGCCAAGCGGGGCGAAGACCUCACCGCAGAUGGCGGCCAGACGGGCGACCGUCCCGGACGCGUUAGCGACGAUCGUCGUGAGGAAGGUCGGGGGCCGGCGGACGGAGGUCACUACGGAGAACCUGGAGCGGAAGGCUCGGCAAGCGAGAGGAAGAGGGUGCCCGAGAGCGCCGACGCUGCCGGGAGCACACGAAGCCUAGAGGAGACAGGUGCCGACGCUCCGGUGCCGGAAGGUCAUCGCGAACAGGGUGACGCUCCACACACCCAUCUCAACGGCCCGGCUGGGGCAAGAAAUGAGGGGCGCGGUGCGAGCCGGCGGGAACGUGGCCACGGUGAUGUGCCGAGGGCCACGGAGCUCAGCGAGGGUCGCCAGGAGGUCGCCGCGGACAAGAGGGUCGUGGCCGUGCCGCCCAUGCCCCAGGUGGCGGACGUCCACUUCCGUGUCCACUACGUGACCGCGUCGCCGUGGCAACAGCUGGCAGUGACGGGCAGCGUUCCGGAGCUCGGUGGCUGGAACGGCUUCGUGACCCUGGACGCGGCGGCCGCCGGCUUUUGGUCCAGGUCAGUGGCGCUCCCUGCUGACAGCCACGUGGAGUGGAAGUUUGUGCUGGUAGAAAAUGGCAAGAUCCAGCGGUGGGAGGAGUGCGAGAACCGGCGCCUGGACACGGUGGGGGGCACAGACCUGCAUCUGCACCGCUGGUGGGGCUUCCAGUGAGCACCGGGAGCGUGAGGAGCGUCCAGCCCAUCUCGCUUGGACGCCACAUGCUCUCAGUGCGCUAAAGGCUCACGACGGGAGCGCGUCCCCUAAUACACACCAUAUAAGUUCUGCAAAUUCCUCGCAGAUUAACAAACAUUUUAUCUGUCUCUUUAGCUCAUCCCCAUACCGCGGCUUUUGGCGUUACGAAUUUUCCGGCGUACAAACAUUUUCUCCCCGACUUCUGUCGUCAGCACAACGGACCCGUGACCUGUGUUUCGCCCCUCAGCCACUAGGUGGAAGUAAAGGGUCUCCAGACGACAGGGCAGCGUGGGACCCCUUUCGUUCAACUCAACGUCACGGUGUUUACAGCUCCGUCUGCUGUUGCUCUCGAAGGCGGAGCACGAGAAGAGGAAGAGUUCCUCCAACACACAGUCUGUACGGCAAAUCGUCACAGAGACGUCGUUCGUUACUGUGAAAUAGCAGUAGUUUUACCGGAACAAGUGUAAUUGAUUCUCGAAUCCCCAAAUUUACUGCAAUUCAUGCUAAAAUAUUAGUAAAUCCCAUUAAAAAGGCCUCGGUUACUCCAGUCAUUUAAUGGCUCCGUAACGCUGCGUGACCCUGUAGCUGUAAAGACCGUGAAGCGAAACGCUCGUCCAACAACAGACGGCGAAGGAGCGCUGUGUGUAAAGAGUGCAUUAGAAAGAAAAAAAAAAAGAAAAAAACAGAAAAAGCAUUUUACUAUGUUUACUGUGGUGCAGCGUGGAACAUUUAUGCUUAUGAAAUGCAGACCUCUUUCGUAACUCCCCGCUGUUUCCGUCCUCCUCCUGGAACCCGAGCUGCUCGGGUUCCGCUUUAUGCUGCUCUCUUACUCGUCCCUCCCGUUCGAACGAUGGGGCACAGAAGCGAUACGUGUUAAUAAAAUUAUGUUCAAUAUGUGCGCAUGCUA